CCCUCCAAAUCAUGUGAUUCAGGUGUUCCAAUCCCCUCCAUAUCAUGUGAUUCAGGUGUUCCAAUCCCCUCCCAAUCACGUGAUUCACGUGUUCCAAUCCCCUCCAUAUCAUGUGAUUCAGGUGUUCCAAUCCCCUCCAUAUCAUGUGAUUCAGGUGUUCCAAUCCCCUCCAUGGACACAGGUGUAUACAAUCCAUCCCAGUCAAUAGCUAAAGACCUCCAAACUUGGUGUGGCCUUCAGAUGAGCCCAACAACAGUGCGUAGAGAGCUUCAUGGAAUGGGUUUCCAUGGC